GGCGUGGCAGGAAGGGGGGAACUCUGUGGUCAGGGAGCUGCUCACAGCACAGCUGCGCAGUGCAGGCAGAACGUCAGAUCCCCAGCUCUCGGCCCCUCAGCCCCUGGCCAGGAUGAUCCCAGCAGUGCUCCUGCUCUUACUCCUUUUGGUUGAACAAGCAGCGGCCCUGGGAGAGCCUCAGCUCUGCUAUAUCCUGGAUGCCAUCCUGUUUCUAUAUGGCAUUGUCCUCACCCUGCUCUACUGCAGACUCAAGUUGCAGGUGCGAAAGGCAGCUACAGCCAGUGAGAAAUCAGAUGGCAUUUACACGGGCCUGAGCACCCGGACCCAGGAGACUUAUGAGACCCUGAAGCAUGAGAAACCAUCACAAUAGCUUUAGAACAGAUGCCCUUUGUCACUUCCUUCAAACGCUCUCCUCCCAGCCCUUGUGGUUGGCAUCACAUAUGCCUCCCCACCAUAAAUGCCAGUUGACUCUUCCCCUGUAAUGACUCUCUGCCCCUCAUUAAUAAUCACCAGUGAUUCCUCCUUGUCACAGACCUCAGAUGCUCUUCACUGAUGUCUAUAUUCUAGUCUCACCCCUCUAUGCCACCCUUUCCCUCUUCCCCACCCCCAGGUCCUACUAAACAGUGGGAAGGGACUAACAUCAAUAAAGACACCAUAGACUGGA